AUCUCACUCAAAUCUAUCACAUCUUAACCGAAAAAAGACUAUGAUCGUGUUACAAGCUAGCGACCGUAUAUUCAAAGCCCCACAUAUACACCAUUGGAUCCCAAUCCAAUGCCCCAACUUCACUCUCACAUCCACAUAUACAUCACAAAAACAUCCUCUACUCACUAAUUUCACACACGCGAAACGCCAUCACAAGAUGGCGUCCCUCGCCCUCACCACCCCACUAAACAUUCGAUUUCGCCCCCUCUGCACCCCCAAACCCCGCCUCCCCAUCUCCCUCCGCCUCUCUCCCUGCCCGAAACCCCCCACCAACAACAGCCACCGGCCCACAUUAUUCCUCCUCCCGAGGCGCAAACUCCUCACCACCACAACCUCAGCCUCAACAUCCCCGGCACCACCAGGCGCCCAGCCAGUGUGGCAGGGAGCGGCCAUGAAGCCGCUCCUUGCCACGAUUGCCGCAGGAGUGAUCUUGUGGUUCAUCCCAGCCCCAGGGGGCGUGUCACGCAUAGCGUGGCAGCUUCUCUCCAUCUUUUUAGCCACAAUAAUUGGGAUCAUCUCCCAGCCCCUCCCGCUGGGCGCGGUGGCCCUGCUGGGCCUGGGCGCCUGCGUCCUCACAAAGACCCUGACCUUCGCGGCGGCCUUCUCGGCCUUCGGCGACCCCAUCCCGUGGCUGAUCGCGCUCGCCUUCUUCUUUGCCCGCGGCUUCAUAAAAACCGGCCUCGGGAACCGCAUUGCCUACCAAUUCGUCUCCCUCUACGGGAGCUCCUCGUUAGGACUAGGCUACAGCCUAGUCCUGAGCGAGGCCCUCCUCGCCCCCGCCAUCCCGUCGGUGUCGGCUCGGGCGGGCGGGAUCUUCCUGCCGCUGGUGAAGUCGCUGUGCGCGGCGUGCGGCAGCAACGUGGGGGACGGGACGGAGAGGAGGCUGGGGGCGUGGCUGAUGCUGACGUGCUUCCAGACGUCGGUGAUCUCGUCGUCGAUGUUCCUGACGGCGAUGGCGGCGAACCCGCUGGCGGCGAAUUUGACGGCGAGCACGAUCGGAAUGCAGAUCGGGUGGGUGGAUUGGGCCAAGGCGGCGAUCGUGCCGGGGCUGGUGUCGUUGAUCGUUGUGCCGUUUGUGCUGUAUGUAAUCUAUCCGCCGACGGUGAAGAGUAGUCCCGACGCGCCGAAGCUUGCUCGGGAGAAGCUCGCCGCCAUGGGACCAAUGUCCAAGAAUGAGAUCAUCAUGGCUGGAACUUUGCUGCUUACGGUGGGGCUGUGGGUGUUGGGGGGUAUGGUGGGCGUGGAUUCAGUGAGUGCGGCGAUUUUAGGACUGUCAGUGCUGCUUAUAACAGGGGUGGUGACGUGGAAGGAAUGCCUAGCCGAAUCCGUGGCUUGGGACACACUUACUUGGUUCGCUGCACUCAUCGCCAUGGCUGAAUAUUUAAACAAAUACGGUCUCAUCUCAUGGUUCAGCCAAACUGUAGUUAAGUUUGUGGGGGGAUUGGGGCUGUCGUGGCAGCUGUCAUUCGGCAUCCUGGUGGCGCUAUACUUCUACUCGCACUACUUGUUCGCGAGCGGGGCGGCGCACAUCGGAGCAAUGUUCACGGCAUUCUUGUCCGUAGCGACUGCCAUGGGUACGCCACCCUAUCUGGGGGCCUGCGUUUUGUCCUUCGUCUCCAAUCUCAUGGGCGGCCUCACUCACUACGGGAUUGGAUCCGCACCCGUUUUCUACGGUGCCGGUUACGUGCCCCUUGCCACUUGGUGGGGUUACGGAUUCAUCAUCUCCAUCCUCAACCUCCUUAUUUGGCUCGGAAUCGGAGGCCUAUGGUGGAAGGCCAUCGGCCUCUGCUAGAGCCUCCUCCUUAUUAAUCAUAUGUUCAACUUUUGGAUUCGGACUUAUUGAUCAAACCGACAUACUCUCCAUAAUUUGUGUGCCUCUUAAAUGAACACGCCUCAUUUUCAUUGCCCA